AUGGUACCUAUAGAAGGAAUGUCGGAUACCAGUCCAUACGCGCCAUACCUCGACACCAACUACGUUCCAAACGACCCCGAAAUAGAUCACAUAAAAAAGUUGCUUAGCGAACCAUUAGCCCAACUAGCCGACCUAGACAAGGAAAUUGUCCGCACCCGAGCUACUCUAAAAAACCUCAUAGGAAAACACGGAGCGCUACAUAACAAAAUCAAAGCCCACCGCGCCCUCAUCUCCCCCGUUCGUCGACUCCCACCAGAUGUCUUGGGUGAAAUAUUCUUCCACUGUCUUCCUCAACAUCGGAACCCAGCCAUGAGCGCUAAAGAGGCGCCAGUGCUCCUAGGCCGCGUUUGCAGCUCCUGGCGGACCAUCGUACUGUCAACACCACGCUUAUGGGCCCGGAUCCACAUUCCAACUCCCAACACCGUCUUUACCCGCCCGCCCACACCACAAGACCACGAGCAGCUUGAUCCAGGAUUCGUAGACAAGAUAAGCCACCGGUCCAAAGCAGCAGAAGAAUGGAUAGAAAAGUCGGGUGCUUGUCCGUUGUCCAUAUCCAUCCAUAUGCCGAGUUACGUGGACACCAGGAGCCGUGUUGCCGGGUGGGCAUUUGAAAGAGUAACCGAACAACUCAUAUCCUCACGCCAUCGAUGGAGGUCGUUAACAGUAAGAGCCAUGGACCCCGCUUUCACACAUCUAAAGAACAUAGCCGCGGAAGAUCUCCCGUUAUUGGAAUCAAUCAGCCUUGUGCGCCUGCACUCCGGAUGGCCUCCACACCCCUCAUCAGCACCUCCAAAACCAUGGUCUUUGUGUGGUUUGCUAGCGGCACCCCACCUCCGUUCCCUCUCUCUAUCAUUCGCAUAUGAGAAUUUCGCAAAUUUACCUGUAAAGUGGGCACAGCUGACCAAAUUGGAACUCGACACCGAAGGAUACGUGCACGGGCCAAUCCACCAAGGCAUCUCGUACCAGAACGUGAAAAAGGUGCUCAGUCAAUGCCCAGGGCUUGUAACAUGCGCUCUGAGACUCUCCCACCCGGAACCCCUACACGAAAUGGUCAAAUUCGACGUUCGCUUGCCACGGUUACGCAACCUUCUGCUCAAUGUCUCUUACGCGGCUUUCGGGCACAUAUUCAACUAUUUCGAACUCCCCCAGUUGCAUAACAUAGAAUUCAAGCAACCAUUCAUCAGAACAGCUUCAUCACUCGACAUAUCACUCUCCGUCCCAGUCGACAUCCUGCUCCAAAACGGAGGAACGCUUCGAUCCCUAAGCCUCGAUUUAUAUUCAAUGAGAAAAGAAGAUCUAAUCAUAUGUUUGCAAUCAUCCCCAGGUAUAACCCACCUCCGCCUCUCAGCAGCACUCGCACCCCCCUUCGCACUCGUCGACACUCAAUCCAACGCAGAACUUGAGCCAGUGAUGAACGAUGCGAUACUCACGCUCCUCACUCCCUCAUCAUCACCAGACCUUCCAUCCGUGUUAUGUCCAUUGUUGGAAGAGUUCGAAUGUAAAGGCGGUAGCCAAUCCCUGCACUUCUCCGAUGACGCCUUGGUUCAAUUCCUGCUCAAACGAUGCAAGUACGCACGAAAGGGCGACGGCACUGGCCCCCUUCUAAAGCGUGUUUCGGUGUACCUAGACCGAACGCAGCCUGACGACUCGGAUGUGGGUGGACUGAAGCGGAUUGAAGAAGUUCGACGGGAAGGGGUGGAGGUGGAUUUGAAAUACCGGAAAACGGCCAUCAGAACGCCGUUUUCACCUUGGAUAGGCUUGGAGCUUACGGAGGAGGAACAGAUGAAUGUGACGGGCGUUGAAUCGCACUUACUCCCGUUCCCAUUCUAG